CACCACGUGAAGGAAGCGCUUGCGCCUGGCUCUCCGCCUCCUCGCCUUCGCAACCCGGAAAGCAGCCCCGGCCACGACAGCGGGGCGGGCAUGGCGGGCAUCAAAGCCUUGGUUUUGUUGUCAUUUACUGGCGUCAUUGGCCUGACAUUUCUUAUGUUGGGAUGUGCCCUAGAACGUUAUGGGGUCUACUGGCCAUUGUUUGUCUUGAUAUUCUACUUCAUAAGCCCCAUUCCUCACUUCAUUGCAAAAAGAGUCAGUGACGACACGGAUGCUGCAAGCAGUGCCUGCAUAGAACUUGCAUAUUUUUUCACCACAGGAAUUGUGGUUUCUGCCUUUGGAUUUCCUAUCAUUCUUGCCCGUGUUGAACUGAUCAAGUGGGGAGCUUGUGCCCUUGUGCUGGCUGGCAACGCUGUGAUUUUCCUUACUGUUCUAGGCUUUUUUGUUCUUUUUGGCAGAGGAGAUGAUUUUUCCUGGGAACAGUGGUAGACUUCAAUAUGAUAUGGAUCUGCACUACCUAACACACAUGGACCUUAACUAUUGACUUGGUAUUUACAGUGCAUUGUAAUUGUGUGUAUAUACAAUGUAUAUUAUGUGCAUAUGUUGACCUGUAUUAAGUGCAUGCAUGUACAGCCAUACAAAGUUUGAAAUGAAAAUACCUUUAAACAAAAUCCAACAAUGUACUGUGGUAUCCAACACCAGCAAAACUAAAAGCACCACCAGCACAUUGAAUUACCUGCUCUGGAGACUGUCUACAUUUUUGGAACAAUUUUGUAGAAUUGAUGGAUGGAGCAGGAUCUUCAAGAAGAGGAAGGUCACUCAUUCUGGCAGAGGCAACAGCAAACAGCUGAAGAAAACAAUUAGAUUUUGACUUUGAUAUUUUGAGUGAUUAAAAACACAGGAAAUUCAUGGCAUUCCAAAGACUAAUGUAUGUGUUUGGUAGAAUGUGUGUAAUCUACUAUAACUUCUGAAGAUCUUUAGAAGGAACCCCUUUCAGACACAGUCCUUGUACAGAAUUGUAGCUGUUGAUGAGCUGUUUGGAGGCUGAGCAGGGUUGAGCCUGGUUAGUACUUAAAUGAGAUUGCCAAGGAAUGCCAAGAGAUGUAGAUCAUAUUUCAAAGCAGUGCAGUGGCAAACUGCCUCUGAGUUUUCCUUGCCAAAGAAAACCCUAUGAAAAUAAUAGAGUCACCACAAGUCAACAGGCAACUUGAAGCCACAUAAACACAUAGGGUUUUAUGUAUAGUUGAAGGCUUUCAUGGCCGGAAUCACUGGGUUGUUGUAGGUUUUUUGGGAUAUAUGGCCAUGUUCUAAAAGCAUUCUCUCCUGACAUUGUAAGGACCUCUGAGGAUGCCUGCCGUAGAUGUAGGCGAAAUGUCAGGAGAUAAUGCUUCUAGAACAUGGCCAUGUAGCCCAAAAAACCUGCAACAACCCAUAUAGGGUUUUCCCAGUAUUUGCAAUUGGUGCAAGAAUUCCUUUUUUGAGGUUGUUUAUUAGACUUUAGUCAAACAUCUUGAGUCUUAAGAAAUAGAAAAUAAAAUCUCUUAAAAGAUUAACAGAUUUGAUUUUGUUCCAAUGUGGAUAUAACUGUUCUCUAGUGGAAUUCUCUGUUGACACCCAUUUUAAAGAAAAAUGGAGUAUCCAGUCCAUUAGAAUAAUAAAUCACUCAAGUUUUAAUAACUCAGUCUUAAAAAUUGUGAAUUAUGUGAUAUAAUCGUGAAAAUUCCUUUCACAUGGUGGAUUGUAUUUAUAAUUUUACCCUGAUAGAUUAAAGAACUCUUUCCGUCCAUAGAAGACUUCUAGUCUAUCAAAAGACACCCAUUGACAGCAAAGAACAUAUUUUCAUUGGUCCCAUGGCAGAACCCAGUGCUGUCCCAUAACACAUUCUGGAGUAGUAACCGAGUCACCAGAGCAGUGAAAUCGAAGUUAGUGUGGACUACAAAGAUACUACACUUGAUCUUAGCCAAAAGGCCAAGAAGUAAGCGGGGGAGAGUACUGGAUUAUUUUAUAAUCUCACAUGGUUUGCUGUCAUCACUCCAAAGUUUUACAGUGGAUGUACAUCCAGAAAGUUAUAAUUACCCCAUUAAAUUAGUCAUAAAAAUAGACAAAGAGCAGCCCAGAUUGUCAAAUAGAUAUCCAUUGGGCCUGGUCUCUUCGGGGCCUAGAUGGCUCAAGUGGUCUGAGCCCUUGAACAUCAAGAUUAUGGACCUACUUAAUGGACCAAUAUUGGGAAUUUGUAGAAAUAAGAUCCUAAAAUGUCCUAUGGACCCAAUAGAGGGUUAUCAGCAAAAUAUUGCUUCCCUUAAACCUUAUUCGUAGACUACAAAGAGAAGUCAAGAUAGGCAAAGAUUGUGUACCUCCUUCCCUUUCUGCCUGUUGGGGUGCUUCUUUUUAAAAUGGAAACAAAAUGGCAAACUUUCCCUCACUUUCCUUUGCAAAUUGUAAUUGCCGUUGCUUGCCUGUUUGGUUUGUUUGUAAUGGCUUUAACUGCUAAGGUUAUAAGGAUUCCAGAUGGCUUGAUCCUGAGAAGAUCCAAGUUUGUCAACCUGUUUGUACUGAACAUUCAUCUACUUCAGUGAUUUCCAUGAUAGUAAAUUUCAAAGUGCCUUUAUCUCCAAAAUUAUUGUGGUUGAAGAAAAAUUGUGCAUUAUGUAAUAUGUGUUUUUGCAAUCUGAUCUUUCAACAAACCAGCUGCUUUAUAUUUGCUCUUGUUUAGCCUUUUCUAUAUUUUAUAUGUAUCUGCAAUUCUGUAACUUUAUUAUAAACUGUAUCAUUUGAAGUACUAAAAUCAUGCACUAUUGCAAUGUAAUUGUGAACAGGAACAAGAUUCAAACUUUAAUAAAACUAAACUUUAAAAGAUCA